AUGACCGUUCAUCCCUUUGGGGCCACCUCGUCCCCAGCAUGCGUAAAUUUUGCAUUGAAAGCUGCCGCUAAUGAACUGGAGGACAAGUAUGGUAAGGAGGCUGCGGACUAUGUGAGGGAUGACUUUUAUGCAGACGAUGGGCCCAAGUCCCUGGAUGGUAUCACUGAAACUAUUGACAUUGUUACAAAAUCCACCGCAUUGUGCUCAGAACGGGGUUUUCGCCUGCACAAAUUUGUGUCAAGUGAGAAAGAAGUACUCAAAUCUGUACCACAGUCCGAGAGAGGAAAGAAUGUUCAAAGUCUGGAUCUGAGACAUGAUGAAUUGCCCAUGGAAAGGACCUUGGAAAUAGAAUGGCACGUCCAGUCCGACAUUUUCCAGUUCUCGAUCAGUUUGAAGGACAAACCACUCACCCGCCGAGGUAUUCUAUCAACGGUCUCUUCAAUAUUUGACCCACUAGGUCUGGUAGCACCCGUUCUUUUGAAGGGACGAUUGAUCCUACAGGAAUUGUGUGGCCAGAAAGCCGAUUGGGACGAUCCUGUGCCAGAAGACAUCCGUAUGAAAUGGGAAAAUUGGCGAUCAGACUUGAGAAAACUCACACAAGCAAAUAUCCCAAGAUGCUAUAAAACAAGGGAGCUUGGACCAGUAGUGCGUACGGAGCUGCAUUGCUUUUCAGACGCCAGUGAAAAUGGAUAUGGUCAGUUAUGCUAUCUCAAACAGGUGGACGACAAGGGGAGAGUUGAAACAGCAUUGGUUAUGUCAAAAUCCAGAGUUCCGCCACCCAAGGCCAUGACGAUCCCAAGAUUGGAGCUAACCGCCGCUGUAACAUCCGUGAAAGUUGGAGCCUUCUUGGAAAGAGAGCUAAAGAUGCAAGAAAUAGAAGCCCUGUAUCAUACAGACAGCAUGGUUGUGUUGGGUUACAUUUCAAACGAUUCCAAGCGAUUCCAUGUGUUUGUAGCGAAUAGAAUACAGCAAAUCCGUGAUGUCACAACACCAGGUCAGUGGAGACAUGUGGCUACAGAAAGCAACCCUGCAGACAUAGCAUCGCGUGGUACAAAUGCUGAAGGUCUCAUAAACAGCAGAUUAUGGUGGAAAGGUCCAGAGUUCCUACAAAACAGUGAAAGCUCCACUCUUAUGAUGACAAAGAAGCCGAUCCCACUAGCAGACGACGACCCAGAAGUGAAACGGUCUGUCACUGUGAAUAAAACGAUUGUGUCUGUGAAUCCGGCCAAGUUUGCAAGCAUGACUGAAAGAUUUGAAUAUUUCUCCGACUGGUUUAGGUUAAAAAGAGCUGUUGCUCUGUGCUUGCGCUAUUUCAAGUUGCUAAAAAAUAGCACUGCAGUUCAAGGAUAUACACCAGUUAAAGUCCAGGAAAUGCAGACGGCCCAGAACAGAAUCCUGAAGAUAACACAGAAAGAAUCAUUUCCACGAGAGAUUCUGUUGCGGAGCCGACUUCUGGUCCUCCACAAUGAGUAA